AUGAAGAAUCUACACCAUGAUAUCAUAUUGAACAUAUUGUCUCGUUUACCAUACCAAUGCAUCAUCAACUGCAAACUAGUUUGCAAACGCUGGCGCGACUUAUUAAGUAAUAUCAAAGCAGGUCUCGUUUUUAAGUUGGGAAGCUUCAGAGGAAGGCUCUACUAUGGAGGAGAGGAAUACUGCGAUGAUAUAAACAUCCAUGAGAAAGAGUACUCCUAUGAGACACUUCCCGAGAUGGAUAAUUUGUAUCCCCUUGAUGAUCAGCUAGAACCCUUGCGGGCCUUGGGCGACUUGGUUGGUUCCUGUAAUGGGUUGGUAUGUUUGAAGAUAUUUGAUCUGGACGCUUGGGUGCAAGAUUCCAUCUACAUCUGUAAUCCCGUUACCCGAGAAUAUAUUUAUCUCCCAAAAUACAUCUACGGAGACGGAGAUUCUCACCAUCGUGGUUAUUUUGUGUGCGGAUUUGGUUACAGUUACUCAACUGAUGAGUAUAAAGUUGUUAGAAUGUACCGCAGGUAUGGUAAUUUCUCGGACGUUAGUAGCAAAGUCCAAGUAUACACCCUUGGUAGUGGUCAAGGGUGGAGAGAUAAAGGAAGACUCGACCACCUUUUAUGUCCAAGUAGCCCUGGUGUUUGUGCAAAUGGAGCCCUUUACUGGUCCGGAUUUGGUAAGAUAGUGUCUUUUGAUUUAGCCAAAGAAGAGUUCAGAAUAAUUCCUUUACCACCUAUACCUUCCAAGAAGAAGCUUCCGGUUUCACCUUGUCUAAGAUUAUUGAGAGGGUAUUUAUCUGCUAUUAAAUACACUAGAGGGGAAGAAAGAACAUUUCUUCGUAUAUGGGAGUUAAAGAAAAAGAGUAGGUGUACUAAUUCCGCAAUUGAAGAACCCGCAUUUGAUGAUUUGUGGUAUUGGAAUGAAGAGCUUAGUUUCUCAUGGGAGAACACUGGUACGAUGGACCGUCUGUAUCUUCCCUUUGCAGUUACAAACAGUAAUCAAGUUCUACUGUGGUGUGGCGGAUUUCUCUUUUACUAUGAUCUGCACACUACAAAUUUAACCAAACUUUGGGGUGAGGACUGGUUGUGUUCGAAUAAAGCAAUUCCGCACGUAAACAGCCUUGUUUCCAUGAAAGCAUUGGGAGAGAAGUCCAAGAAAAGAAUUUAA